CAGAUCUUGGACGCAGAAAAAUUUAGGGGAGAAAAUUCGUCGAGAUUGAAUUAAAUGAUUUUUCCUUUUGUUUUUAAUUUUCCAGUUUUGGAUUGAAGAAGAUUAACGGAUCAAUUCAAUCGCGUGAAUUUGGUUAACGAUUUUUUGAAUCAAAAGACUGACAAUUAGGGUUUCUGAUUGUGUGUUCUUUUUCUGAAGGGUUUUGUUUUGUGUUUGUUUUGAUUUUGUGUUUUUGGAUUAACAAUGAACGAUCAGUCACAGAUGAUGAGCCAGCAGGCAAUUAUGAUCAAUCAGGCGCCUCCGUCUCAGGUUAUGGGUCAGGGUCAGGUUCAGGUUCAGGUGCAGCCCCAGUUGAUGGGUCACUCUCAGGCGAUAAAUCCGGCGCCGAUGGGUCAGUCGCAGCCUAUGAGCAGUGCCCAGAUGAUGAAUCAGCCUCCUUUGAUGAUGAAUCGUGCCUACAAGGCUUGGCCGCAGGAUGCUAACUCCAAUCCUAACAUGAAGUUCUCUUCUUUGAAGCCGAAUUUCUCUAAGCCGAAUAAUAGGAGUAAUAAUUGGAAGGGGAAGAAAAUUCCCAGUAUGGAAAAUAGGAGGAUGGAGAAAUUUGACAUGCCUAUGAUGAUGGCUGCUGGUGCUGGUGCUGGUGGUGUCGGUUCCGGCAGUACCCAGGGGUACAUACCGCCGACGCUGAAUGAUUUGCAGUACCAGAAUCGGUUGAAGGCGAGGAAAUUCUACAACAAGAAAAAGUUCAACAACAACGGCCGGUUUGCUCCUUAUGCGCCGCGUAACACAACAUCGUUUAUUAUCCGGGCUAAAAAGUCUGGUGGGAUCGCUUCCAUGGUGUCACCUUGUCCUGUGACACCAGCAGUGCUGCCAACCCCCGUAUUCUCUCCGUCAAGUGAGGUGUUGGGUGACAUGGCAAAGGAAGAGUGGGGUGUUGAUGGUUAUGGAUCAAUGAAAGGGUUAAUUAGGCUUCGAUCACCUGGGAACAAUGACCCAGAAGUUAUCCAUGAUGAGGAGGAUGAGGAAGAAGGAGGAAAUGGUGGGGGAUCGAGUGAUAGUGAUGUGGAGGAGCAUGUGGAGGUGGAGAGGAGGUUGGACCAUGAUUUGAGUAGGUUUGAGAUGAUAUAUCCCAAUUAUGGAGGGGGUAAUGACUACAAUAAUGUGUUGGAGAAUAGAGUCGAUGAUCAGGAUACUCACAUUGCGCAGUUAGAGGAGGAGAAUUUGACACUGAAGGAGAGGCUAUUUCUUAUGGAGAGGGAGCUAGCAGACUUGACGAGAAGGCUGCAGUUUCUGGAGAGGCAGACUCAGGUAGUUGGGGAUGUAAAUGAGGAGGUAGUUGAGAAUGGCUCUGAUAAUGAGAAUGAAAGUGACGGAGGUGGAUCAGACAUUAGAGUCACAGGAGUUGUUGAUAAUGAGGAAAUUGAGUUUGUUGCAGCAAAUGAGGAAGCACAAAGUUUUAGAAAUGUUGACCUUGGUGUGAAAGCAGAAAAAAAUUUUGACUUGAUGCAGAAUCAAGAUACAAAAGAUAUCUGUAUGAAGGAGAUUGUACCGGAAGAACAUAAUGUGAAAGAGGAUGAGAAGAAAAAUGAAAUGGGGAGGGAUGAAGGAAUGAAAGUUGAAGCAGUGAAGAGUGAGAUCGGGCACGGGGAAAUUGUUGUGGAAAAGGAAGAUGGGACCAAGGGGGAAGGAACUUACAAGAUGGUUAAUGAGGAGGAGAAAGAUGAGUCCAGGCAUGAAUCAGAGAACGUUAGGGGAGAAAUGUAGUUCCUAUAAAAGAUGGUAAGGAGGGAGGAGGAGGAAGAGCCCAUGGAGAAUAUCACUGGCAAAUGGUGAUGGAGACUAAUCUAACUUUCCCGUGUUAGUGUAAGCCCCUUCUACUAGUAGUUAGUCAUUCAGGAACCUUUUGAUUGUGGUUGUUGAUAUGUGCAACGCAUGGUUCUGUGUGGCGUACGUGGACUUGGUCACUUGGGUGUUUUGUUUACUUCUUUCUUGUAUUUAGUCAGUCUGACAUGGAUCAAUAGGAUGAAUAGGAUUGUUGUCCUCCCUGAUAUUAUAUAACCAAGGUAGGAGGUAGAUUUUUUCUUUUCUUUGUUUUCUGGGUUUUUUCUUUUUCAUUUUUUUUUUCCCCUUGUUUUGGUAGUUUGGAUGUGGGAAAGUAUUUUGUUUGGCUGAUAAGGGGGUUGGGUAUGAGGGUUGUUUCUUUUCGGUACAGGUGCAUACCUGUAUGUUUGCAUCUUCUUGGUUUUAAGUUUGUUAAGAACCUUUUAAAAUUGCAAACCGUUAUAUUCGUAUUUCUUUGUUUUAAUUCGUAAAACCAUCUUAUCACAAUUGUUAGCACUGUAAUUUGAGUAAUAAAACUGGAUUUUUAUGUUUUCUAAUUCUUUUUGGGUAAAACUCACUAUUAUAUGGUGUGAUUAAAUCAACUGUCAAAAUCAUUUUGUUAUUCUCAACUGGUUUCAGAGGAGAGCUUUCUUGUUGUGAAUAGAAACUCAUAGCAACAACGAAGGAAGAUCUUGAUCAAGCUGGUACCUACUACUGAAAUUGUAAAACUGAAGCAAAUUGUUUGCGUAUCACAGGAGCAGAUCUUCAUUUCUGAUCCAGCUGGUGCAAUCCCUUGGUUAACUAUUAUUCUCCUCUUGGUGCUUGCAACUUAAGAACAAGGUUGAAGUCCAGAUUUAUCCAGAU